AUGGCACAAUUUCAGGAACUUUUCAACCAGGCCGUAAAGCCUCUUCCGGAGAUUGACAAUCCGUCAUUUGCGUCGUACUUUGAUGGCUUUUCAGACAAACAAAUGAUGCUCCUUGGCGAUGGCAGCCAUGGCACAUCUGAGUUCUAUCGUGCGCGCGCGGAAAUCACGAAGCGGAUGAUCAAAGAGCAUGGCUUCACGAUCGUUGCCAUCGAAGCAGACUGGCCAGAUGUCGAAGCCAUCGACAGAUACGUUCGUCUUAGAACCGGGCCCAAAGCCCAAAUCGGCGGCAAGGCGAAGGGGUUCGAACCCUUCAAGAGAUUUCCGACCUGGAUGUGGCGCAAUCGGGAAAUGCAAGAAUUCGUCGAAUGGAUGCGUGACUGGAACAGCACACAGCCACCCGAGAAGCGAGCAGGCUUAUAUGGUCUGGAUCUGUACAGUAUGGGCUCUUCGAUUCGUGCUGUUAUCGAAUAUCUUGACCGCGUGGACCCCCACGCAGGCAAGGCCGCGAGAAAACGCUACGGCUGUCUGGACCGUUGGAUCGAGGAUCCCUCGGCCUAUGGAUUGGCCGCUAUUCGAGGAUUGGAGGACUGUGAGCCCCAAGUCCUGCGGAUUCUGCAGGAUCUCCUGGCUAACCGGUUGAAAUACCUCGAGACCGACCCUUAUGACGGCGAAGAAUUCCAUAGUUCUUCGCAAAACGCGUUUGUGGCCCGGGACGCAGAACAGUACUACAAAGCGAUGUACUGGAGCUCUGCGACAUCGUGGACCCUUCGAGAUACCCACAUGGUCGACACUCUGCAACGGAUUCUGCAGCAUCGUCCACCACCCGAGAACAAGGCCAUUGUAUGGGCCCACAACUCACACGUCGGUGAUGCACGAUUCACCAGUAUGGGCACCCGGCGCAACGAAGUCAACAUCGGCCAGCUGUGCCGAGAGCGCUUUGGCCGUGAGAACGUAGCUAUUCUUGGCUGUGGGACCCAUACAGGCACUGUGGCGGCGGCGCAUGAGUGGGACGAUGACAUGGAAGUGAUGACCGUGAAUCCGUCGAGAGAUGACAGCUGGGAGAUCAUUGCCCACAAUACUGGAAUACCGAGCUUCGUCUUGGACCUGAGACGUGAGCAUAUCGACCCCAACCUGAGAGCUGCGAUCGCCCGAGAACAUCGUCUGCAAAGAUUCAUCGGUGUAAUCUACCGGCCUGAAACCGAAAAGUUGUCGCACUAUUCCAAGGCCCAGAUCCACAAGCAGUUUGACGGGUAUAUCUGGUUUGAUCGCACUAAAGCUGUGCAGCCUCUCGAGGUCAUUCAGCCCGUUACGCCGCUUGGAAAGGAGGAGACUUAUCCCUUCGGUCUCUGA